CAGACACCCUCUCAGCAAGCAGAGAAGCAUUUCAUGAGGAGAUUUCUGAUGCCCAUGCCGGGAAUUCACAGUGCAAAUCCUACACCAAGGUAGAUACGUGGGGCUCCAAAACCUCCCCCUCUGCAGGGGGAGCUGCCUAUAGAGCAGAGAACAGAAAAUACUCUUAAUCCCCUCGACUCAGUUUUGCUUGUGGAGCAUCAAUUGCUGGAGGAAUGUCUCUUCCCAAGCAGCUGCGAGAUGAAAGUGAUUUUGACCAACUUCCAGAUGAUGUUGCAGUUUCUGCUAAUGUUGCAGACAUUGAAGAGAAGAAAGGCUUCUCCAAUUAUUAUGUAUUUGUGAUUGAGGUGAAAACAAAAGGUGGAGGCAGGUAUAUGAUCUUCCGGCGUUACCGCCAGUUUUAUAAUCUGCACUCUAAGCUAGAGGAAAGAUAUGGUGCAGAAAGCAAGAACAGCCGCUUUACCUGUACCCUUCCAGUCCUGCCAGGAAAAGUUUAUGUUGGCGCAAAGAGGGAGAUUGCAGACAGCCGCAUUCCAGUGCUCAACAUGUACAUGAAGAAACUGCUUAGCCUGCCAGCCUGGUUGCUGCUGGAUGAAGAUGUCCGGCUGUUUUUCUAUCAGUCGGUCUUCGACAGUGAGCAGACACCACAGGGACUGCGACGGCUCCGUCCACGCACUCGCCGACACAAAAGCAUUUCUCCCCAAGAACCUGACUUUGACAGAAUGGCAGCUGCACGGGCUGAGGCACUGUUUGAUUUUACUGGGUCCACUAAACUGGAGCUGAGUUUCAAGAAAGGAGAUUUGAUCUAUUUACUCAGCAAAGUCAACAAAGACUGGUUGGAGGGAACUGUCCGAGAUGCCACUGGCAUUUUCCCAUCUGCUUUUGUGAAUAUUAUUAAAGAGCUCCCCAAAGAAGAGGACGCUAUCAACUGCCUACGUUGCUUUUACCAUGAGGACAAUGUCAGCACUGUCAGGGAUAUAUCUGUGGAAGAAGAUCUGUGUAGCAUCCCAUUGUUCCAAGACCUAAUGGAAUUAGUAAGGCAAGAGUUUGGGCGUGAGGAUAUUGUCUUGAAUUACCGUGAUGCUGAGGGCGACAUGAUCCGCCUGCUUGCUGAUGAGGAUGUUGUGCUCAUGGUGAUGCAGGGCAAGAGCUGUCUGUCUGAGAAACAUAUCUUCCCAUGGCAACUGCACGUUACCCAAGAAGAGGACUACAGUGUCUAUACAGUGACAGGGUCAUGACUUUCACUGCCCAGGCGGCUUUAUCAGGAGCAGAUGAUAACGCAAGACUCAGAAAUAAUGCAGAAUUCGCCUGUUGUAAGGGUACAUCUCUGUCGUGUUCUCCAUACUUUCCUACACUCAUUUAAAGGACACCCAAUGAAAUCAGUAAGCACCAUGUUUAAAAUGAGCAAAAGGAAAUUGUUCCUAUUAAUAAAAGAAUGAAUGAAUGAAUGAAUGAAUGAAUGAAUAAAAUAUUAGAUUGUUGAAAGCUAACAGUAACUGACAGGGUCUGAAAUGUUCUUGUAGUGCCCUGUGAUAUUAUAGAAUGUAAUACUAUUAUAUUAAAUGUAAUAAUUAAAAUUAAAUAAAAUUAUACAUUUCUACUUCAUCAAGAACUUAUUAUCCAAAUAGCUAACUAAGCUAGGUGGAUGGUACAGUUCUCAAGGAAUCCAAGCCACUCCUUGCAAAUUACAAGAGGCUCUUGUGUACAAGAAAGAGCCCACCAGUCAGCUGCUGACUGUGCAGCAAGAAAGUGUUGGAGUUCCAGUGCAUCGACCUUUUGCACCAACUAUCCUAAUGACCACUAGGGGCAUUGGGAGUAGAAAUAGUGACUAAGGGUCUCUCUAGCUGUUUUACCUGUCUCUGCUCUAUGACCCCUGAUAUGACUCUUCAGGUAUUUCCUGUGAGAGUCAAAAUCGCUUCCUUUCCUCUUAGAGAGCAGAUAGAAACAUCUCUUUCUCCCCCUACCUAUUCAUUAUGUAGUCCUGUAGAUUAGGAUUAGGUCUUUCCUAUCCAAAGGUGUACUUCACCAAUAAAUCUACUUAAUAUUUUAUUCUACAAGAAUCUCCAUGUGUUUUCUCUAAAUAGCUGCAACAACCAAACUCUGCAAACUACUCUGUAACUGGAGUGGGUAGCUUCUUUAGUGCUCUGCUGAUUAACUGGGGGAUAAAAAUUACAACCCCAACAGGGUUUAUGGGCACCAGCAGCCUAAAACAUCUACAGCAGAGUUUAUUUUCCUUUUGAAAGUGCAGCUGAGUUAGUUAGGAAAAAAACCAUGGAUUCCCUGCUACCAGGAAUAGCUUCUCCUAUCCCCAAGUUGGAUGGAAGCAACUACAAAAUUUGAGCUUUGAAGAUGGAAGCAGUUUUCAUGACAAAAGAGAUUAUAGAAGUCCUCACGGAACAACGUCCAGAUCAAGAUACAGCUGCCCAAGCCUCAUGGGACAAGAGAAACCAGCAGGCUUUGGGACUCCUGAUUUUGAAUGUGAGUGAUGAAUUAUUAAUCCAUAUACAUGAUGCUAGGAUAGCCUCAGAAGCAUGGACAAUAUUAAAAGAGCAUUUUAAUAUCUCCUAAUACUGCAGUUCUUUUGUU